AUGAAGGUCAAUCGAUCGACCUUUGAACGGGAAGCAUCGGCAGAGUUUGAACAUCCCAUGGAGGAGAUAUCCGCGGACAAUCUGGAGGAUGUAUACUGGUCCCUUUUCAGUUCGGUCAUCAAUGGCCAUUUGUCAUACUUUGUACGUGGACUGCAUCCGGGGCUGGCCGGAUGGAGAAUUGUGCGCGAAGAGAUGGAAAAGAUCAUCCUCAAGGAUAAUCAACAGCACUCAAAGGAAGAGAUGGGCUUCCUCGGCGGCAAGAUACAUGACUGUUCCUAA